UCCACGACAGCUGGAAGCCGAGCGGCACAGGCGCAUCGCGUCUCUGCUGAAAUUAUUUGAAAAUAGCCAGACUUCUGCUCGUCGCAGCACCUCCAGAUAAACCCCGGUCUGGCAUGGGCGACAAGAGGAGUCCCACAAGGCCGAAGCGUCAACUGAAGCCCUCCUCCGACGAGGGGUUUUGGGACUGCAGCGUGUGCACGUACAAGAACACGGCGGAGGCUUUUAAGUGCAUGAUGUGUGAUGUCAGGAAGGGGACAUCAACAAGGAAGCCUCGUCCCGUCUCCCAGCUCGUCUCUCAGCAGCAGGUAACGCAGCAGUUCGUGUUGCCCUCGCAGCCCAAAAAGGAAAAGAAGGAGAGAGUAGAGAGGGAGAAGAGCGACAGAGAGCCGGCGCUCAAGAAGAACAGUCACAAGAAGAUGAGGCCGAGAUUAAAAAACAUCGACCGGAGCAGCGCCCAGCACCUCGAGGUGACGGUUGGGGACCUGACAGUCAUCAUAACGGACUUUAAGGAGAAGGCCAAGCCCUCGUCCACCUCGGCCACCUCCUCCAGCUCCGCGUCGUCGGCCGACCACCACAGCCAGAACGGCUCCAGCUCAGAAAACACAGAGAAGGGCCUUUCCUGCUCCUCCUCACCCCGAGGAGAGGGGAGCUCGGUCAACGGAGAGUCCCACUGAGUCGGCCCACCCCCUCAAAAAAAAAAAAAAAAAACAACCUCCCCGCCUGGUCUACAUCUCAUCUGCAAGUCCACCGGUCACCAGUGGAGCAUCCUGCCUCUACUUCAGAGCUGCACAACAGUCUUACUUUCUUUUGGAUAUCUCAGUUCCAGUAGGAAUUUUAACAAGUCAGAUUUGGCGAGUUUAAUCAGUUGAAAGAUUUUCCACAGCAGCGGAUUUAGAAAGCAAUAUGAAACACCUUUUUUUUCUGCCUGUUGGAAGCUUUUAAAUUGGAUUUUUUUUUUUGGUGUAAUCAAAAGGAUGCCACGCACUGUCCAAAGCUCGCUGCUAGAAUAUUUACUCACAGACAGCUGUAUUCUGACGAGGAUCUUCUUCAGAACUGACCUGAGAAAUAUGUCUAAAUAAAGUUUUGGACAAACUGUAGACAGAGUGCUGGAUCCUCUCGCUUUAUGAUUUCCUUCAGGUGCAUCAUGAAUCAUCUUUUUUUUUGUUCCCCUCCCCUACAAUAUUUUUCUUCAGUGAAAUGUGCAGCCCUGCUCUCACCAUCAUCAUCAUCAUCAUCAGUGGCCGACAGAGUGACCUAUUCUUCCCCCAUGUGGAAUUCUCUGCCUCUGUCUGGAAUCUUUACCUGUUGUAAACCUGAACCACCUGUUUGCUCAGUGUCCCCGCACUGAACCUGCAACCUGACAGCAAGCCUUCACUCCCGAUCUCGAUACUCUAAGCUUUUGCUCCUGGACUGCCUCUGCUGUAGAGUGACUUUUGUUUUGUUUUUUUUUGGAACAGCAUAGCGACUGUACUCCUCCCGGCACCGUUUGGUGCUUUUUGCAUAAUGUUCGGAGCAGACUGGUUCGUGAAAUGUGACUGUUAUGUUGCUGUAUAGGCACCUGUCAGGAAAGCACGUCGUGAUUUUAAAGGGAAAUCCUGGUGUCAUUGUGUUUUUCAGGUUUGUGCCACCAUCUGCUAAGCUGCAGAUACAAACAACUACUUUGUCGUCUUGAUUAUUUUGUGUAUUAGCUAUCACCAACUUAAAGAAUCGCAUUAAUUCAUGACUUGACAGAAUUAUUAGUAGCUAUACAUCAGGUUUAGCUUUUCGUUUUGGCUCACAGACUAGCCAUCGACCACACAUUGUCCAGUGAUGCUGUUCGAUGCUAGCUAGUGAAGCCCAAAGCAGAUGAUGGAUGGAUGAAAAUUGUGCUCAUGUUAAUUAAAAAUGCUAGAUCUAAGGUAUACACCAAUCAGCCACAACAUUAAAUGUUUUCUAGGCUGAUCUUGUGCCACCAAAGCAGCUCUGACAUGUCACGAACUUCAUCAGAUCUCUGAAAACGUCCUGUGGUAUCAGACAUUAGCAGCAGAUCCUUUCAGUCCUGGAAAUCGUGAGGCGGGACCUUCAUGGAAUCAAACCUUUCAGCACAUCUACAGAUUGAUCUCUUGGAGAUUUCAGAGGCCAAGUCAACACCAUAAAUUAUUCCUUAAGUCAUUCCAGGAGAAUUUUUUUGCAGUGUGGCAGGAAGCAUUGUCCUACUGAACCAUUGCAGUGAAUCAUACCGUUAUGAUGAAGGGGUAUACGUUCAAAGAAACAUCUACAUUAAUUCCAGAACCCAAGGUUUCACCACACUGCCUCUACCAUCUUGCCUUCAUCCCAUAAUGCCAUCUGUUCCCCAGCUAAACAAUGCACAUGCACCUGCCUGUCCACAUGACGUAAAAGAAAACCCUUCAGACCAGGCCACCUUCUAUUUCUCCAUCAUACAGCAUUAAGGUUUCUUUGUGAGACAGUAGCCCCUCUGUGGAAUUGGACCAGUUUUCAUUUCCAUUGCAUCAGUUACUGUCGCCAGGACCGCAGGUAACAGAAUCGACCUGCCAUUUCGGAGAUGCUCCGACCCAGUUGUCCAGCCGUCACAAUUUGGCCCAUUUUUCCAACACGUCAACUUCAAGAACUGACUUUUAACUUGCUGCCUAACAUAUCCCACAACUUCAAUGUUCUUCACCUCACCUUUCACUUGUUGUGGCUGAUUGGUUGGUUGCCUGCUCGGUAAAUAUUUUGCUAACAUACUAGCCAUAAUAGCCAAGAUCAGCAGUAUCUAAGUGCUGUUUCAUUGGGUUAAUAUCUUUUGGGCCCUCUAGCUUUUAAAAAAAAUUAAAUUACUUGCAGCUUUAGGAAUUACCCAAUCUUGUAAUGCACAACAGUCUUGGUCAUACUUCAUUUGUCACAUGAAGAAGACGAACCCUGUUACUAAUCACUGCCAUCCGUCAUGAUAAUGUCCCACCAUAGUUACUGCUCAUCACAUUUUAUUUUCUUAAACGAGAGCCAGGUUUAUCACAGCAUAGCUUCAGACAUGGAAAAAAAAAAAAAAGAAUUGCACAACGCCUGAGGAAUUGUCAAUAAAUGUAGAACGCGCUAAAGGGGUCAUAGCUAUAAAUGACACCGGUAUUUUCCUUCAUAAUCUGUCUGUGCUGCACAAACAGGGCUGCACCCGUCGGCUGUCUCGGCGGAGAACCGGAGGGUGCCGACGCCGCUCUGCUGCACCCACCCUUUUUGGAUACGGGAAGCAGAGCCGACUUACGGACACGCACUUUUAUGAGCUGUAUAGGUGAUGUCUCACAGUGUGAUGGACUUUAGAAAAACUGACGUAGCAAAAUGGCAGACCUUUAGAGCGCACUAAACUCCCAGCAGAACAACUAUAGAUCAACCUUACUACACAAUAACUUAUAAAAACCUGUAGAAUAAGUACAGAUUAAAUAGAUAUUUCUAAAAAUAUUGUACUACAAUGUUUUGAUGUGGUUGUAUUAUCCAUCAUACAAGUGUUAUUGUCGAGAUUUUUACUUAACAUUUUAGCACACAUCCUGAGAACUGUCAUGGCAUGAUAAUAUUAUGGUCUUGGUAUAUUGUGGGACAAGCCGAUGUCUCUUAGUUCGUUAGUAUUGUUUCAUGUGUCAGACGUAUUCUCUCAGGUUCGCGACUCUAGCUGGGACUAGGUGUGUGAACUCGGGAAGAACUGUUGGGACAAACAUUUGCUUAUCCAUGGCGAUAAAGGAAAGACACUUAAAAUGUGUUAGUGUCACUUAUUAAUAUAGGUUUGUUUUUGCUUUGCCAUGCUCAUUUGUUUUAAAAUGUGUGAACUUGUUUAUUACAUGUCUGAAUAAGAAAAUUACAAAAUUCAAACAGAAAAAAAAAAAAA